GGCUCGGCGCGAUGGCGGCUCCGCGCCGGGCGGGCGCCGGGGGGCUGCGGCGGGACCCGCAGGACGGGCGGCUGGACCAGAUCAACAAGGAAUUUCUCUGUGACCCAAAGUUCAGUGAUGAAGAAGAUCUGGAGGAGAAGCUGGCAGUGUUCAAAGAGAAGUACAUGGAGUUUGACCUGAACAACCAAGGCGAGAUUGAUUUGAUGUCUGUCAAAAGGAUGAUGGAGAAGAUGGGGGCUCCAAAGACCCACCUAGAGCUGAAGAAGAUGAUCUCUGAGGUGACUGGAGGGGUUAGCGAGACCAUCUCAUACCAGGACUUUGUCAACGUGAUGCUUGGGAAACGCUCUGCUGUGCUUAAACUGGUCAUGAUGUUUGAAGGAAAAGCCAAUGAAAGCAACCCAAAACCUUCUGGUCCGCCUCCCGAGAGAGACAUAGCCAGCCUCCCUUGAAGAGGACUGGCUGUAAGAGUGGCACUGUUUGCUUUGCUGGUCUGUAACAGAGGUUACCUGUGCUUUGUUAUUUUUUACCGUGGACAUUCCUAGUUGUCAACUAGUUUUCAACUAACCUGCCUUAGAGGAACAGCAAGGGAAGCUGGAGACCUCCAGCUAACGUCUUUCUGCUGCAUUCCUUACCCGACAUGAUUUGUUAGAAGCUGUAGCACCAAGUGUAAUGUGAGACCAAAAACCAAAUAAUCCUGUGAUUUUACUCUUUCCUCUGUCCUUCCUGCAUAUCUGAGAUGAGGAGCUACUUCCCUCUCACUGUAUCAGAGCUGUGCUUGUCAUGACAGGUUCCUGAAGGGCUUUGCUGCCAGACAUUGAAUGUUUAUCUGGCAAAGCCUCUGACAGCAGCUUCGUGGGUGCAAAGAAAUAAGUGCCUUCUCUGCUCCAUCCUAUGUAUCCUGACUCUGGACUAGUGAGCAAGGCUGACUGCAGGGACAGCUUCUGUCUGCUCCCUGGGGUCAUCCUGUGGUCACCAGGUCCAACACCGGCCACUGACAAGUGAGGAUGAUUAAAAGUUACCUCAGAAGACCUUCUUCCUGAUAAAUCUCUGCUUGGAUCUGACCAGAAGCAUAACCUUUGAACAGGUCAUUGUCUGUCCUGUCCAUCCAGUGCAGAAACAAGCCUGCCUUCUGCCCUUGCAGCCCCCCAGGAAGGCCUGGGGGGAACGAAACCUUCAGGUGAAAGGAAGCUGGGUGACUAAACUGUGAGCUCUGCCAGACCAGUUGCAGAUGACGAUCCAUCUUCACACAGCUGCUCUGUCCCUCUGACUUUUGCAGACCUCCCUGUAUGUGUUUCACCGUGUUUCCUGGGGUUAUUCAGUACAUUUCCCAAUGGUUAAACCUUCAAAUCUGCAAAAUAUGAAUGGCUGUAAGUGUGGAGUGUAGGCUGGGACCCAGCUGUAGCUGUGCUAUCCACACUGGUUGCUGCGGUGAUUCUUGCUCUGAACACAAUUUCUGGAAUCCAGAUGUUUGCUCUUUGCCCUUUCCCUGCUAUUUUCUUAAAUGUUCUUGGCAGCUUUUAACCUGGUUUUAUUUUUUAAAAAAGAAAUCAUGAUUUAAUAAAUAAUCUUUAAAGGAAUUACAGAUGAUUAACUCCACUAGGCUGACUGUUCCUGCCAAAGGCUGCACUUUUCAGUAAAGAAAACAUACUCACUACUGUUUGCAUGAAAACCAAAACUGUAAUGGAGAGAAAAAUUAUGAGCAAAAGCAGCACCAGUCUACUUUUAAGGGCUGAAAAUAAAUCUUCUGAAGCUACA